CCCGAUACCCGAGCCCCAUGGACAGGUGGCGCCGCGCGGCGGCCAGCGCCGGAAGCUGGCGGCGCGGCGGCUCGGCGCAGGGGGGCGGUCGGGCCGGCCGGCCGGACGCGCUGCCGGCUGAGGACGGGGACGGGCCGGCCGGCGAUCGGACGGUCACAGACGGAGCCGCACCGGGACCCCAGCCGCCGCACAGCGCCAUGGAGCAGCCGAUCGUGUUCUUCGGGCCGGGCCCGUCCAAAAUCCCCGACCAGGUGCUGGAGAGGGUGCAGGCCGAGCUGCUCAACUAUGCCGGCACUGGCGUCAGUGUGAUGGAGAUCAGCCACAGGUCGGCCGAGUUCCAGCAGAUCAUAUCGGGCACAGAGACCCGGCUACGGCGGCUGCUCCACAUCCCGGACAACUACCGGGUGCUGUUUGUGCAGGGCGGUGCCACCGGCCAGUUCGCCGCCGUGCCGCUCAACCUCUGUGUCAACGGAAAGGCCGACUAUUUCAUCACAGGCACAUGGUCGAAGAAGGCGGCGGCCGAGGCGGCCCGAUACCUGGACAUGCAGCCCGUGCUGCCGGCCACAGAGAAAUUCCUCGGCAUCGCCGGCCGAGACCAGUGGCGGCUGAGGCCGGACGCCGACUACGUCUACUACUGUGACAACGAGACCGUCGAGGGCGUCGAGUUCCAGGAGGUGCCCGACACCGGGGACGUGCCUCUGGUGGCCGACAUGUCGUCCAACAUCCUCACACGGCCCAUAGACGUCAGCAAGUUUGGCGUGAUAUUCGCCGGCGCUCAGAAGAACAUGGGUCCGGCCGGACUGACAAUAGUCAUCGUGCGUGAGGACCUGCUGGGCCGCGGUCUGCCCGUCUGUCCGUCAGUUCUCAGCUACAGCACAAUGGCCAAGGCUGGAUCUUUGUAUAACACACCUCCUUGCUUCAACGUAUACGUGACGGGCAAGGUGCUUGACUGGGUCGAGGAGCAGGGUGGAGUCGAGGAGAUGUCAAAGAGAAGCGACACCAAGGCCAAGCUCAUCUACACCGCCGCUGACCAGUCAGACGGUUUCUACGUGGCGCCCGUGGACGGGGCUGCCCGGUCCCGAACGACGGUUCAACUGCGAAUCUCAGCGGGAGCAGAGCUGGAGAAAAAGUUCCUCAAAGAGGACCGAGGAGGUCGGCUUCAAAAGCCUCAAAGGCCACCGAUCGGUAGGAGGACUGCGAGUAGCGCUCUUUAACGCGCUCACCGUACCGCAGAUCGAGAAGCUGGUCAAGUUCCUCGGCCAGUUCGCCACCCAGAACCGGGGCUGACCGGUGUCCCCCUCCCCUCUCCCCGUCCCUGGAGGAUGACUGGCCGGCACAGACGCCCGCGGCUCUGGCCAGCACGUGUCUAACAUCUGCCGGCUGGCGCACAGCCCGGCUGCCACCCGGGAUCGCGGCUGAUCUGUGUAUAUCUCCGCCGUCACAGCGCCCACGAAACAGGCACCGCCGCCCGCCAUCACCCGACCCAAUAAACUUCAUCGAAGGA